AUGUCCCACACCCAUUCUUCAUCUUCGACUCUAAGACUCGGAAGCAAACCCAAGAUUGAUCAUGACUCGGUAGUAGUCAAUCCUGUCAUGUCUGCCACUUUGAUGGACAUGGGAUUUUCUAAAUUCAAGUCAGGAAGAGCUCUUCAAAUGGUAAACAAUAUUUCCAUUGAUGCAGCCAUUCAAUACAUUUACGAUCAUUUUAAUGAAUUGGAUCAAGAAGAAUUAAUUGCAGGAGCCUCUGAUCAGACAUCUUCCACCAGUGCUCCUACAACAACCACCCCACCACCACCACCACCACCUUCACCACUCCUUCAUCAACCCUCCCCUCAUCCACACCCAGCAACACAGAAACACCAACUUCAUCAUCCCUUGCUGGUAUCCCAGUGA